AUGGCGUGUCGACCAUUGAUAAAAAAUGGUUCACGUCUUUUACAACCUAUUCUAUUUAAUCGAACAAUAGUUAAUGGUACACAAGAUAAACCACCAUUUCCAAAAGUUCUUCCUGUUGGAUUACCAUUACAAAAUGAAUUAUCUGAAGUGAAAAGUGUCCCAGACACACCACCAAAUCAACAAGUUUAUCCAAACAUGUCUCGACGAUUACUUGAAUGUCGUGGUGUAGAAAUAAUUCAUGAUAAACUUAUACAUAAACAAUAUGGUAUUAUGGCUCUUGCUCCUGGCUUAAUGAAAGAAAGUCAUUUUAAUACAAUUCGUGAUAUGGUUAAUAAACGAAUUGAUAUGGAACGAUGUUUUUCUAUAUGGCGUGUUGAUCCACCUUGGCAUCCAUGGUAUUUUAAAGGUUUAAAUAAAAAACGAGGUGCUGGUAAAGGUAGUAUAGAAUAUUUUGUUACACCAAUCAAAGCAAAUCGAGUUAUAAUUGAAAUUGGUGGUACAUUUACAUUUGAUUAUCUCUAUCGUACAUUAUUAGCAAUUGCUGAAUCAUUACCAUUUCCAGCUAUACCUGUAUCUCAAGAAUUAUUAGAUAAAUGGAAUGCUGAAAGACAAGAAAUUCAAGAAAAAAAUGCUAAUCCAUUUCGAUGGGAAUAUUUAAUACGAAAUAAUAUUAUGAAUUGUCAUCGAUAUACAGAUUUUUAUGAUAUUGAGUUUGCUAGAUAUGGACCGAAAGUUCGAUAG